UUCUAUCAGUAUUUAUAUUCUAUGGAUGGAGGAGUCUAAAGAAUUUUCUGAUUCUUCUCCUACAAUUCAAAAUAAAAAAAACAAAAAUCAACAGCAACUUCCAACAAAUAUCCCAGUAAUUGCUGAAUCAGUUGUAGACGAAGAAGAAAUUAUUGGACGGCCAAAUACAAAAAUAAAUUCAAUUAAUGGAAUACCUAUUGCUCAAAGAGCGGAAGAUAACGAAGAGGAAGAAGAUGAGGAUUAUGUUUCGGGUAUUUUUUUGGGAGAACAAAACCAAAAUUCAGAUCCAUUCAUAAAUUCAACAGCAGAAGCUCCAUUUUGUUAG